AUGAGUGAUGAGUUUCUAACUUGUGCUAAGAUUAUUGAGUUUUUCUGGCUACUCUUAGCAUUCGUUUUCUUCUUUUUUGCUGCUUAUGCAAAAUUUAGAUUGAAAAAGGAUAUUCAUUUAGAUAUCGAGAAUUUGAAUUCGAAUCACACAGCAGUUAAAUAUUAAGUUCCUUCCUAAUAAGGAGAGGCACAAGAGAUUCAUAUGGUAGAUUAGAAUGAGUAAAAUUCUGGAUAGUUAUAAUCAACAACUUAAUAAAGCAGAGAACCACCUACAAAAUUAGAGGAAUUUUACAAGAAGUCACUAAGUGUCACAAGUAAGAUAUUUCCACAAUUGGCAAUUGCUAUUAUUUGCAUAUUAAAUGGAGCUAGUCAUGCUUUCGCAGUGGCUUGCGUUAUAUUAUACUUUGUUUCUAUCAUUUUAUUUAAUAUACUGCAAAUUCAAGAUUGUUUGGGGUCAUAAGGAAUGAAAAAUAUGUUUAAGUUGUCAAAUAACAUUUGGUUAGUUUGUUUAUUCAUCAAUUAUUUAGCUAGUUCAUUAUUUUGA